AUCUCAUCUAAUGAUCGUUUAGUGUACAUAGUGAUUUUAAUGGUGGCAUAAAAAUGUUCAUCGAAUCUCAAUCUUAUUAAAUCAAAUAAUAAAAAUAUAUGAAUUUAACGGAAUGAAGAGAAGUAAUAACUGAAUGAAGUUAUAUAUUUUGAAGAAAAAUUUUUCUACGGAAUUGCUCAUCGAAAUUGACGUUAUUGUAAAGCCCGACUUUUUUGUCUCGAUAAUAUAUCUGUGCAAUUAAUCUCUUCGACGUUACGAAUGUGUCUGAAAUUACAUCCAUACGUUCCGUACUUAUCACACUGAUAAACGCAAUCACGAAGGUAUGUGAACGGUAGCGACAUUUGGUGAACGGUAUUCGAUCACGUAUUCAUCAAUAAAUAGUGACUAAUCGUCAGAAGAAUCACGUCUAUGUUUGGAAACGAUCGAAACAGGUUGUGAUAUGGUGUAAAUGGCGAUCACCGCCGUAGCCAGCUGUCUGGGUCCCCCGCCCUUGCCACCCGGGAAGCGAUUCCUGCAAAAGUCCUCGAGAAAAUUGUCGUCCACUUACAAAAGUUUUCGCGACCCUGCCGUGGAGGCUUGGCUCCUUCAUGGAGCUUCGGAAGAUCCGAUGGCGAAGCUGCGCUCGCGCGAGACGACAGUCGGAGCGAUUGCAGUUAACCAGAGCCUGUUCAGAAGCUGCUCCGAGGGCAACUUACGAGCUCGUGAAACGACAGCCGCGUUGCCGAGCAAUACGCCCCUGGACAAAUGCAUCAAGGCAAUUUACGGCAGUUGGAAAAAUCUCUUGUACCUUGGCGGUAUGAGCCGGCCGUCCAAAGCCGUGACUCAAGCGAAGAAAGUAGCACCACCGGCUGUACCAGACGUGUUUCGACACUCGGGCUCCUCUUUUGGCUCGGCUGGAUAUGCUAGCAGCGAGGAUAGCUGCUUCCUCUCUGGAAGCGGCCCCGGAGGUACGACGGACGAUGGUUCCUACGGGAUGCCAUCUGGAAAAAGUCCGGGACCUAUUUUUACCCAUCCUGGCUUCGCCUUUCCGCCUGUGAUCGGCAAAUAUGCCCACGCCGAAGAUCAAGGUAUCGAUAUGACCCAGAGUCCCGGCAGGGACAGUCCUGGUAGUUCUGGAUCAGGUUCCGGUUCUAGACAUUCUACGGCAUCGCUGGAUUCUGGAAGAGCAUCUGGAUAUCAUUUGGGACCCAGGGGACCCGGUGCUCUUGCCUCGUCUCCCAGAUGCUCUAUCAGUUCCCUCGGAAGUCAUCCCGACCGACCGGCGGACCUUGAUGUCGUUCACGCUUGGUUAACCGAGCUCCAAUUUGAGGAAUAUUUUCCUUUGUUUGCUUCUGCAGGUUACGACCUUGCUACUAUAACACGUAUGACACCGGAGGAUCUCACGGCUAUAGGUAUUAAAAAACCUAAUCACAGAAAGCGGCUAAAAGCGGAGAUAGACAAUUUGAAUAUAGGAGAUGGAUUGCCGGAACAUGUACCCGGAUCGCUAGAAGAAUGGCUCAGACUUCUUAGGCUCGAGGAAUACCUUGGUGCUCUUCAUCAGCAGGGCAUGCGUUCCGUCGAGGACGUGACAACCCUUACUUGGGAGGACCUCGAGGACAUUGGUAUCGUACGUCUAGGGCAUCAAAAAAAAUUAUUGCUGGCGAUUAAGAGAGUUAAGGAUAUACGCGCUGGCAAGCGUAUACAGCCGCUUGACCUUGCACGUUUACCGCCACAUCCUGGACAUACGCAGGAUGUUGUUAUUCAACGAGGCGGGCCUGAUCUGCCAUCGCCCGAUGAGGAUUGUUCCUCCCCUGUACUUAGAUCUUUCCAAAGAGGUGGGAGCGAUACUACUUGCGGUGCUACUUGGAGGAGUAUGUACGCUGCACUUCCAGCUGAUUAUGGUACAGUCGGUCGUACUGGCUCUCGUGGAAAAUCUUUGGAAAGCUUAGAAGACGCGCCUCUCGGUUAUCCUCCGUCACCGGCCCCAGCUUCGCAUCCACAACCCCUCGAUUGGCGUCCACGCAGUUUCGAGGAUGGCGAUCUUACACCCACGAAUGAUGCUUCCGCUGUAGAUACCGGUGGCGGCGGUGGCACACUUCCACGACCAAGACAUUGCCUCGUUCGUCCGCGGCCUGUAGCCAAGGUCACCGCAACACCAGGACAAUACAAAUCUUUGCCAAGAGAUUUGGAUAACAAGUAUCAAUUAACUUACGGACUGGAGAGUAGUCCGCACCUUCCGAAACGAUGUCCUCCGUCGCCCCCGAGACGGCAAAGUUCCAGAGACACAACUAGUUCUUCCAUAGUAGGUGUAGGUACAGCAAUUGGCGACGUCGUGAUAGAUUGUAGCGGACCAGUACCGACAGCUUCCUGCGAUGAUCAUCACAUUCAUCAGCAUCAUCAUCAGCAUCAGCAUCACCAUUUGCUUCAUCACCCACCGCCACCACCGCCAGCACCCACGCCUGCGCCUUCUACACCGCCGCAACUAAAUCGACCGCCUUCCUCCAUGUCACGUUCAUGGGGUAGCGUCAGUGUGAACGUUAACGAGGAACACGAAUUAAUCGCUUCUCUCGCUCUACAGCAUCGCAAUGGAUCGGAUGCUAGUUUUAAGUCAAGUUCCAGUACAGAAUCAGACUCUUUGCCGUUUGCAAAUGAGAAUGCAGGCACGAUAAAGCAAAGGGCCGGCCGAGCACAAGAAUACGUACCGGGUGGAUCGAAUAGCGGUAUCGGCGGUCACGUACUCAAUCAUCAUUCUAGUGGCGAACCUGCGGACGUUCUGAACGACAUUGGGAAUAUGCUUGCCAAUCUUACGGAUGAACUCGAUGCGAUGCUCGAAGAGGAAAAACGUCAGGGCCUCAACUCAUAAUUAUCACUGCCUUCGUUUUCUAAUUGACCAGAGUUGCCAUAAGUAAGCUUGGCUAUUGUCACUGAUAUGCGAGAUAAGAUAUUUGUUUAGUGCAGGGUACAUGUUCGAAUACGAGUAAAUGCAAUUUACGAGGAGGAAUCCAUGAACGAAUACGAAUGGCGUCGAGAGAUUUGGAUACCUAUUAUCCUAUAAGAAUGUUAAAGACAGAAAUAUUUACCGACAUAUAUAGACAUAUUAUAUCUUUUUGUUGCAUUUUAUUUUGAGAGAAAUGAGAGUGACAUAUUAUAUUACACUCUAAAUUGAAUAGUAAUAUUCGGUUUUGUAUUGUACAGAUUAAUGCAUAUGUAAAACAUAUUUUCGCGUGAUUUAUAUUUUGCUUCGAUCAUAGUUUCCUUCAUCGUCUCUUAUUGGGAGGAAAAAGUGCUUUACUUUUAUAUGGAAACAUAUCGGAGCAAGUUCCAAUAAGUUUCCAGAUGCAGCUGUUCUACGAUAAUAUCGCACAAUCUUUAAGUGUCUUCUACUUCUUUUGAAGUAGUUGUAGUUUACAUUAUAUUUUUUGUUAUUCCUUUUUUUUUUAUAAUGGACAAUAUUAGAAAUGAGUGAUAAUGUAGAACAUAUCACUCUAUUCUAUCUGAUAAAUUAGCGCGUGUAUCUUCAAGAAAAUAAUACACGAGAUACUGACAUGGCAAAAGGGGAGGGGAAUAAAUUUUUUAAAACGAGUAUAGAUAUAUUGAAUGUAUAAUCAUGAUUUGUACUAUAUGUUGCAUGUAGUACAAGCAUGUUGUGCAAACAAUUUGGUUUUCCAACAUGCAUCUUCCAACUAUUCUUACAAUUUAUAAUAUGUAAUUAUAACAUACAAGAAGUCUGAUCUUCUUUUCUAGGAAUUUGAUUUUCAUCAAUACACGUACAUUCCAGUUGACAUUUUUCUAUUUCCGUCCUUUGUUAAAUCAAUAUAUAUGAUAGAAGUCGAAAUUUUUUACUCAUAGCUUAUUCAGUUAUUAAAAUAAGACAAACCAUAUGUUUUAUGAUUCAUUGUCCAACUGAAACAGUUCCGAAUGUCAGAGAGAUAUAUUUAUAGAGAGAUUGUUACAAUGAUAAAAAAUAAUUAACAUUCUUGAUUAUAAUAUAAUAUAAUUUUUGAAAAAAAAAGAUUAGAAGGCAUAGGCGCGCAACGCUUUUUUUCAACAAGAGUUUUAUAAAAAAUAAAAUUGCAGAUAGAAUUUCAAGGCAAUAUAAUUUAGUACAGAAAUAGGAGUAACGUAUGCUAAUUAACAUUUUGUAUUUAUUGUCCGUACUAACGAAUAUAGAAACGUAUUACAUAACUUAUUAAUUAUAUGAUACGUCCAGAUGUGCAGAAGCACUUGGAAAGUAUUCAUAUGUAUCAAAUCAAAUAAAAUUGUAGCUGCGGAGGCACGUUUUCGAGCGUCUUUGCUGUGUUCGAGGAUCUGUGUUACUGGUAUGUUUUCAGAUCUGAAUAUAACAGUAUCUUGCAAGAAAUUUUUAUAAAAUACUUUGUCACGUACGCGUUAUAUUGAAGAUAAUUGUACAACAAACAUUUUUUAUCUAUCUUUGCAAUAAUAAUAUUCUCGUAAUAAUGCAAGCAGCAGAAAUUUAAAUUAAGAAUUCUUUACGUAACACGUAACAGGAAUCUUGUUGACCUUUGUUUCAAGAUAAGCUGAUACAAGAAAACAUUUUUUUUGCUAUAUGAUUUUUUAUUUAAGAGUACUUAUACUAAUAAGUCUAUACCUAUAUACCGCUUUGGUAUGUAUUAUUAAUACUCCCUGAGCGGCAAGUCUAUAUGUUUCUAUUUCCACUUUAAAUAUCAUUUUAUAUACCAGUUUGAAUGAUAAUAUGAAAUGCAUAAAUUACGA